AUGGCCUUUCUGCCCUCAAUGUCCGGUCUAUCAAUACUGAUGUGUCUAUCAAAUCUUCCAGGUCUGGUCAGGGCCUUGUCGAGGAUAUCUGCUCUGUUUGUACCUGCCAAAACAACAAUGUGGUCUGUGUCUUCGAAACCGUCCAUCUCAACCAGCAGCUGGUUCAACGUGGCUUCCUUCUCGUCGUUGGAUCCCAUCGGGCCAGCUUCUCUAGAUUUUCCAAUUGCAUCGAUCUCAUCCACGAAAAUAAUACACGGAGCGUUUUUUCUAGCUGUAGCAAAGAGAUCUCUCACUCUGGAAGCACCAACACCAACAUACAUCUCGACGAACUCGGAACCAGACACAGACAAGAACGGAACACCGGCCUCUCCAGCAGUGGCCUUGGCCAAAAGCGUUUUACCUGUACCUGGGGGACCGGACAAGAUGGCACCCUUUGGAAUUUUGGCACCGAGUUUCUCGUACUUCUGA